CUUUUGGAUCUAAUGCGCAGAGGAGGUUGGCCCAGAGCUCCUGGGCUCCCCCAAGGCUGAACUCCAUCCAAGGUGCCCGCAGGCUCCCUGCCCGCCUUCCCCAUGCCAGCCCGCAGCUAGGGGCAGGGGCAGCGGCGGCUGGGGUUGGGGGUGGGUGGGGAGCUUUUGGGGAGGACAGGUCGCAGCUUGGCUAUGGAAGGCUCCAAUGGCUUUGGGAUCGACUCCAUUCUCUCCCACCGAGCGGGCAGCCCCGCCCUUCCCAAGGGGGACCCCUUGCUCGGGGACUGCCGCUCUCCCCUGGAGCUGAGUCCUCGCUCAGAGAGCAGCAGCGACUGCUCUUCACCAGCCUCGCCAGGAAGGGACUGUCUGGAGACGGGAGCCCAGCGGCCUGGCGGGGCUUCGGGACCAGGUUUGGACUCCCACCUGCAGCCUGGGCAGCUCUCGGCCCCAGCCCAGUCUCGCACCGUGACCUCCUCCUUUCUGAUCAGGGACAUCCUUGCCGACUGCAAACCGCUUGCGGCCUGUGCACCCUACUCUAGCAGCGGGCAGCCAGCCGCUCCUGACCCUGGGGGCCGUCUUGCGGCCAAGGCUGGGGAGGACUUUAGAGACAAGCUGGACAAAAGUGGCAGCAACGCCUCAUCGGACUCUGAGUAUAAAGUGAAGGAGGAGGGCGACCGGGAGAUCUCCAGCUCCAGGGACAGCCCUCCAGUGCGCCUGAAAAAGCCUCGCAAGGCGCGCACGGCCUUCACCGACCACCAGCUGGCACAGCUGGAGCGCAGCUUCGAGCGGCAGAAGUACCUGAGCGUGCAGGACCGCAUGGAGCUCGCAGCCUCGCUCAACCUCACCGACACGCAGGUCAAGACCUGGUACCAGAACCGCAGGACUAAGUGGAAGCGACAGACGGCCGUCGGGUUGGAGCUGCUGGCCGAGGCGGGCAAUUACUCGGCGCUCCAGCGGAUGUUCCCGUCGCCUUAUUUCUACCCGCAGAGUCUGGUUUCCAACCUGGAUCCCGGCGCCGCGCUCUAUCUGUACCGCGGGCCCAGCGCACCGCCGCCCGCGCUGCAGAGACCUCUGGUCCCUCGCAUCCUCAUCCACGGACUCCAGGGCGCCAGCGAGCCGCCGCCGCCGCUGCCCCCGCUGGCCGGCGUCCUCCCGCGGGCCGCGCAGCCUCGGUGAACGCCGGCCCCCCCGCCGGCCCGCCCGCCCGGGAGCACCCGGCCCCCGGCCCCGGGGCUCCGCGCUGGGUCCCCCGCGCUCUGGGAGGGCGCAGGGUUUCACGCCUCUUCCCGGGGCAAGGGCGGCUCCCCGACCGGCCCUCCCUGUCGUCGGGCCCAGGGUCCUCAAAAGGGCCAAAUGCCAAGUCUUCUAAGGCCCGGACCCCCGGACUGAGUCCCCCUAACCCCCCCGCGCCGUCCUCUCUCCCGGUCACUCCAUCAGGGAGCCACUUCCAUCCGGUGUACAUACGUCCUAUCCCCUCACCCCACCCCCCCAACCCCGCCACCGGCGCGCCCCCUCCCGGGAGCAGGUGGGGCGACCUCCUUGCAGCGCUCUCCCCCUUCCCGGUCCAGCUGUACACCAAGCCCUCACCCCGCAGCCCUGACACACGGAGGGGAAGGGGAGUGCGGAGCCCCCCGCCGCCCCCACCCCCACCCCCGCGCCAGGGCCGGCAGUAGAGCUGUACAUACCGUGUGCAAAGUGUAUAUGAAGUUAUUUAUUCGUGACCCAUCAGCCCGUGACUGUGUCUGUGAAUCAGUGAGCCUGUGGCCUGUGCCCACCCACCGCCCGCAGUGCCAGGCGGGGCAGGCCGAAGCCAGGGGACUUGCCCACCCACAUCCCAACCCCCGCGUCCAGCCUCCGUCUGGGGGACAGUCAGACCCCUCGGGUUCUCUCUCUUUUUUAACGUCGAAAAUAAACUUCUUACAAAUGAC